AAACGAGAUUAGUGUCUCGUGAAAGACCGAAGAGAUCACAUGUCUGAGAAAAAGAGCUGAAUAUUUUUUCGGUGUAAUUUUGAUACAAAUUUUUUAUAUUUGUGUUAACGAGUGUGUAAUUACUAAGAAGAAUGCUACGCUUUGUUAUUUACGCUUGGAUAUUUUACAUCUAUGAUUUAUUUAUGAUAGGGACGCAAGCUACGGUGAACUCCGACUUCCAAAGCUACCCGACGACGGUAAAAACCUAUGAGAAUGACACGGUUUUGUUGCCCUGUUACGUGGAAGAUCAGGGCGCGCAAACUAGGAUUAAGUGGUGGCGAGAGGAGACUCUUCUGGCCGACAGCAGCGAGCGAAACCGACCGAAAGAAUCACCCGAAAGAAUCAUCAUGUAUCAGAAUGGUACCCUACAGAUUCUAAACGUGCAACGGGAGGAUAGCGGCCAAUAUGUGUGCCAGGUGACCCGACUGACUUCCUGGGGGGGAGUUACGCAACUACACAAACUCGAAGUAAUGUAUCCACCAAGCGUGGAGACUAUACCGGCGUCCGGCGAGCUAGAGGUCAAUCUGGGAGAGACGGUGUACAUGCAAUGCGUAGCGAAGGGUGUACCAACUCCCAUCAUAAGUUGGAGGACAGAGGAGGGAGAAAUCCCAUUAUUGGAUGUCAGAUCGCAAUUGAGUUUUCGUGCUGAAAAUCGAAAUCUUUCUGGUAGGUAUACCUGCGUCGCCACUAAUGAAGUCAGCGAUCCCGCCAUUGCGCAUAUAGAUCUACGUAUUAGAUAUAAGCCGGAGAUCUUCGUGAAGAAGCCAUGGGUGCACGCGUAUCCGGGAAUACGAGCACAGCUAAAUUGCAUAGUGACCGCCUGGCCCGAGGCGAAGGUUGAUUGGUAUUUCAGAAAUGAAACAUUGAAAUACACAUCGCGUGUAGUAAAAUAUAGCAUUGGAAACGAUUACAGACUAAUGAUCAGGAAUGUAAAUGAAAGCGAUUAUGGUUCCUAUCUCUGCAGAGCUUCGAAUUCUCUGGGAUUCACGGAAAAGAUUAUCGAGCUAUCGGGGAUUGCGAAUCAGGCGAUCUUUAAGAAAGAGUCGCGCAGCACGUCAAGCACAUCGUAUAACUUCAUCUGGGAGGUCGACAGUUAUUAUCCCAUCAUCGAAUAUCAAUUCUGGUUUCGUAAAUAUAAGAAGGAUACUAACGAUAAAUGGCGCAGACUGCAUAUACCCGGUGACAACGACGUUCUCAGCUCGGUGGUGCAUGUUCGUUCCUUCAAUUUGACAGGCUUGGAUGCGGCGACCCAUUACGAGGCAACCGUUUUGUCCAGAACUCAACAUGGAUGGAGCCAUCCCUCAGCGAUACUGCACUUUCACACCGAAGGAGCUUCCGUUGAUUCCAGCGAAAAUUUCGAGACUGAUGACGAUCAAAAGAAUAGGAUAGCAGUUAUACAACUCGCAUCCAUGUCGCAACACUAUCCUUUGGCAACGGAUGCAAAUGGAUCAACAUAUUAUCAAGUGAAAACAUUAUUAUUGAUAUCAUGUAUGUCAUGUACUUUAAUCAUAUCAUUUGACGGCACAUUUUAAAUGUUUGUACAAAAUGCGAGAAAAAUAUAAAACGGACUGUUGUAAUUUUUGUAUGAUAUGAUUAUUUGUGAAAGUUGCCGGUCGCGCAUGCUGAUUGCGUUGUAUCGAUAAGUCAUCCUCCAUUAAUGAAAAUAUUGC